GGCUUGGCUUCGCUGGAAAACGCAGGAAACCCUCAAAGCUGGCAUGGAUUUGGGAUGAUGACAUAAAAUAUCCCUCCUGCUGCUCCGUCGGUGGGGAUUCUCGGCCGCCGCAUGAGCAGGUCCUGGCCGGGCCAUGGCCUGGCCACCAAGGCUGUUCCUGCUAUUCCUGUUCCUGCUGUUCCUGUUCCUGCCCGGCCGCGCUCCGGCUGCGCGGAGCCGCGACUUCACCGCCAAGGACAUCGUCUACCUCCACCCCUCCACCACGCCGUAUCCUCAUGGAUUUAAGUGUUUCACCUGCGAAAAGGCCUCAGAUAAUUACGAGUGCAACCGCUGGGCUCCGGAUGUUUACUGCCCCCGAGGGACAAGGUACUGCUUCAGCCAGCACAUGAUGAGGGCCAGCGGGGAGAGCGUGUCUGUCACCAAGCGCUGCGUGGCCCUGGAGGAGUGCCUGAGCACGGGCUGCACCUACAUCAGGCACGAGGAGUACAAGGUGUGCACGUCGUGCUGCGAGGGCAGCAUCUGUAACCUGCCGCUGCCGCGCAACGCCUCGGACGCCGUGUUCGCCACGCUGGCCCCGCUCAGCGCCGCCGCGCCCCGCGCCCCGCCCGGCCCCGCCGCACCGGCCGCGCUCGGCCUGGCGCUGCUGGCACAGCGCUGCCUCACGGCCACCGCCGCGGGACAGUGA